CCCCCACGCCGCCCCUCCUCUCUCCCUGCUCGUCUCCUCUUCCCUCGAUGCCGGCCCCCUUGUUUGCUUGCCUCUCCGACCCGGGCUCUGGCUCUAGCCCUGAUGGCAGCACACCAUCACCCCCUCUGCUCAAGAGAUCCAGACACCCCAGCCCGUCCGUACAAAACCAGAACCGCGGCUCCAUACCUCGCCGCCUCUCCUCCUUUUCCUCCUCUCUCUCCCGCUCCGCCGUCCUGCCCCCAUCCACCCGUGCUCGACCCUGACCCUGGAUCCCAUCCCGCCGGAUCCGAGGCGUCUGGGCGUGGAGGCGAGCUUCUCCGACGGCAGCGAUGACCACCAUCCAGGCCCCCUUGCUCACGGAGGAGAGGCUACGACCGAGGGGAUGCAGAGGAGGAGCGGGCCUCGCGGAGGAGGGGCCGCAGCUGCGGGAGCUCUCCACGGAGGAGGAUUCUGUGGUGGUGGAGCAGAGCGUGCGGUGGCGCGGAAGUAGCAGUGGAGGCUGGAAGAGCGCAGUGGCCGAAGGGGCGAUGCGGCGUUGCUGCCUCUACCUCCAUCCUGACCCUUUUACUCGUGCACAGGCUAUACUUGCAAGUGCAUUUGCUCGUAAGGACCAUUCGAAGGCCAAGGCCACAGCUUACCACGUACCGCAGCUCGGAUUGAUCUUGGGGCUUCUCCUGGGCCUACUUCUUGGAGUUGGCCUCCAUACAGGUUCGAGAUUAUUUACAGAAGACCGUGGUGUACUGCAUCAUAUCUACAUGGCAACACCGAUACUCGUGGCUGUUGUUAGCAUCGCUUGCAUGGUCACCCUCGCCAGUUACAGUGAUUUCAUUGGAAUCUGGAUAGCCUUGUCCAUCUACAUGUGCCUCCGCAUGUUUGCAGGAUUAUGGAGGAUUGGGACUGCUAGCGGGCCAUGGGCUUUCCUUCGCAGCUGAACAUGUAAUGUACAUUCUCGUAGAUAGUAUAAGGUAGGUAGAAUAUUUAUACUUGUAAGCAACUUUGGAGUUCAUACUAAGAUUUGGUGUGUCAGUAUGUGAAAUCUACUAUAAAUCAAAAGCCAAUAUAAAGGUAUGCUCCACCUUGAUUGUCGCUACUAUGUUCCACUCCUAUAUUGACCAGGGGAAGUUCUAUAUUAUGCCAAUUUUUCCUUCAAUUUACCACUGUGUUUAGAGUGUACGUAUCGAACGAACCAAUUCCUUCAGUUAUAUCAGUACAUAUUAAAACGAAAAGGUGUAUAUGCUAAAAUUGUUUGGCAUCCAUUCCUUUCCUACGGGCCAUUCAUCAUCUCAUCUCACAACACUCAUGCCACAUAACCUGGCUAGCUCACACUUUACUCAGUUCUAUGUACCAGCUAUGUAGAUUUAUUCACCGAACUGAGAUGAUGCGUGUGCUCAGUUAGAUGCUGCUUGCUCGAUUUUGACCAUGCUUGCUGCAAUAAUCAAUCUAUCUGAUAUGAGACCUAUCUAUUCUUUGUUGACGUUUGGUUACAAAUCCUGGAGCUAUUCUUUUUGUAUUGAGAAUAUUACCUUUUAUCACCUUAUUUGGCUGCAGUUCAUCUUUCCCAUUAGUUGUGUUAGUAAACUAAAUUGAGAAUAUUUGUUAACUUUUUAUGGCUUGGGAUCUUGCAGCUGUGGCGGCUCGCUGUUUGUGUGGUGAGGGUUACUUCUCCUGGUGCAGUAGUACCAUUUUGGAGUGUCCCUUGUUUGCAACUAUAUUUAUCUACAGCCUCUGCUAAAAGGGCUCCCGUUCAGAGAAAAUCAAAGGGACAAACAAAGCUCAAAUGCACGUUUGUUGAUACAUCAGUUUAAGGUGCUUUUAUUGAACCAAAAGUUAGUGUUGUUGGCCUUGCCAGACUGCCAGCCCUCAAAGAGGUAGUUCAGCCUCGAAGGAGAGGGGAACUGAUGGAUGCCAGGGAAAGAAACUAGGUGAAGCUCUGAUGCUUGAUUGAGAACCAGAUGCUCCCAAAGUUCUUCUGGUUGAGUCGUUUACUUACUAGCAAUGACAUUCACAAUGGGAAGCCUUUAUAGCAGGCUACUUUGAUUGAUUCCCAAACUAUGGCUUAGUUACAAAUGUUUUGGCGGUGAUGUUUCAUACACUAGUCCAGUGUUGCUACCCAAUGAUGAGUUGUAUGAAGCACUUUGAAAUGCUUUG